AUGAAGUAUCAAAACAUCGCCUCUUUGGGCUUUGCCCUCCUCGGCGGCGCGGCUACUGUCUCUGCAAGUCCCUUGAUCCUUCGGGGAAACUCUGGAGUUUGCCCUAAGGGAUACUCGCCGACUGUUAUCACCAUGACUGUCCCUAUUACUGCGACCCCAAGCGCAGCCACAUCCACGGCGGUCGUCGAGGAGCCUACAAGCACUUCUUCGACACCCGCUCCUGUCACCGAGACUCAAACUCCAGUUCAGAUUGAGACUUCCACGCCUGUCGGCUAUGUGGCUGCUCUCCCCUCUUCCGUGGCCCCGACCACUGAGGCUGCGGUUCCUGUGACUACUCAGGCUUCAGUUCCCGAAACCACUGAGGUUGCAGUUCCCGAGACUAGCCAGGCUGCUGUGGUUGUUACCACAUCGUCUUCCCAGGCUCCUGUUGUCAAUGCUGUGGUUGCGACUACCUCUUCCGUGGCCGAGGAGACUACCACCUCUCAAGCAGCUGCUGCUCAGUCAGCCCAGGUUUCAACCAAGGCUUUAUCUUCAUCUUCGUCUUCGAGUGGAUCCUCCGGCGAGGCCACCUUCUAUGGUGGAAACGUCGCGGGUGGAACUUGUUCGUUCUCGGGAUACACCCUCCCCAGCAACCUCUUUGGAACUGCUUUCUCCGGCGCUGUAUGGGACGAUGCAUCCAAGUGCGGAUCCUGUGUUGCCGUCACUGGGCCCAACGGAAAGACCAUCAAGGCCAUGGUCGUGGAUAAAUGCCCCGAAUGCGCAUCCGGGCACUUCGAUCUCUUCCAGGACGCUUUCGCCGAGCUCUCCGACAUCUCCGCCGGUGUCAUUGACAUCACCUAUUCUGCCGUCUCCUGCGAUCUCGAGGGCCCUCUGAAGCUCAAGAACAAGGAGGGUACAUCGGAGUACUGGUUCUCGAUGCAGGUCGUCAACGCCAACGAGCCUGUCACCAAGUUCGAGGUUAGCACCGAUGGCGGAAGCAGCUGGACCAGCACCACUCGGACAGACUACAACUAUUUCGAGCACAGCUCUGGCUUCGGCACUGACAGCGUCACUGUCCGUGUCACGGGCGAGUCCGGAACCACUGUUGUCGUUAAGAAUGUCGGCUGCACGUCCGGUUCGGAGAUUACUGCGGGUUCUAACCUUUGA